AAUUUUUAGAUAGACUUGCAGAGUCUCAGUGGAGUUCAUGACAGAGCCCAUGGCAUGUCAACAUUUCGCACCGAUCGUUAAAGUAUUAAUCGAUAUAAAUUAAUUAUACUUUUUAAAAAUUGCCCAAAGCUCUAUUUGCUAUCGCGAUGCUCCUAAUUCGUUCUGCAUUCAUAAUUUUUAUUCUAUCACUUGACGUCAGUAUUGGAUUGGAGUUGAAAUUCCUUAAUGUCAUAUUUCGUCAUGGAGAUCGAACUCCCAGUGAAGAUCCUUUCGAAUCAUUUCCAACUAGUCCGCACCUGAACGCAACCUAUUGGCCUCAUGGACUUGGACAACUGAAUAAUAGAGGAAAAUUACGACAAUAUGAACUGGGGAGUUACAUUCGCGAUCAGUACAACGAUUUUUUAGGCAAGGUGUAUCAUCCCCACGAAAUCAUCACGCACAGCUCUGAUUUUGACAGGAUAAAAAUGUCUCUCCAGUUGGUCGUAUCAGGAAUGUAUCCCCCAGCACAUGAACAACAGUGGCAUCCGGCCUUGAAUUGGCAGCCAAUAGUCUGUGAUUAUCAGAGAAGAGAUAAGGAUUUGCUAUUGUUUGGUAUAGAAUGCCCCAAACACGCGAGGGAGUUUGAUGCUGUGUUGGCUCUUCCUGAAGUCAAAGCAGAAGUGGCAAAGUUCAGUGGUCUAGCUAGAAAUGUGUCUGAAUGGAUUGGAAGACCGAUUGCCACCACCAGGGAAUUCUUGAGUCUUUACAAUGGACUGACGUCAUUCCAAGCCAUGGACCUUGAACUUCCCCAGUGGACAGCGGGAAUUUUUCCUAAUGGAUCACUGCUGAACGUGGCUACUCUUCAUUAUCGACUCAUGAGUUACAACAAGAGGUUGAAGGCCUUGAAUGGAGGAAUAAUCCUGAGAAACUUCACGGAGAAUAUCUUAGCGAAAAUCAAGGGUCAGGGUCCCCCAUGUGUGAAAAUGGUGUUGAUAAGUGCCCACGAGACCCACCUCGCAAAUCUCCAGCUGACCCUAGGGGUGAGUGACGGAUACGAAGUGCCCGCAUACUCCAGUGCAAUUUUCAUGGAGCUGCUGGAGGAAAUGAAUAAACAUUACAUCAGGAUGUACUACUAUCUGGGGAUUCCCCCAAUUCGUCGAAGUAUUAUAAUCCCGAGAUGCCCAGAUCCCUGUCCCCUCGAGAAAUUCAUCGAUCUGUACGCGGACGUUCUUCCCACCGCAGACGACCUGAAAUGCGAUCCGGAAAAACCAUCAAUCAUGUUAAUUAACAAUUAUCGAGUUUUUCUGCUGGUCUUCAUCGGGAUCCAGGCGACGCUGGGGCUCAGGGUGAAAUUCCUGAAUGUGAUUUUUCGUCAUGGGGAGAGGGCCCCAUUGGCCAGUGGUACCGAAGUAUUUCCUACGAAUCCAUACGUCAAUUAUACAUUUCCUCCUAAUGGUCAAGGACAAUUGACCAACAAAGGCAAACAACAAGUGUACGAUCUCGGUGUUCAUAUUCGCGAAAAAUACGAUGACUUCCUGGGUGAUAAGUACCACCCGAGUCUAGCUCGUGCUCAAAGUUCAAAUUCAGAUCGAACGAAAAUGUCUCUUCAACUGAUGAUGGCAGGAACAUUUCCACCAUCAUCUGAACAGCAGUGGAACUCCAUCCUCCAUUGGCAACCAGUCGUGAUGAACUACGUAUCAGGUCCAGAUGUCCUGGUGAUGUCCACCGAGUGUCCACAGUUCAGUGCUGAAUUCGAGAGGACGAUGGAGUUGCCAGAGAUUCACGAGAAAAUUACGGAGUACGACGAAUUGAAGAGUAAUCUAACAAAAUGGACUGGAAAACCCAUUGCCGGUACUAGAGAUAUUGCUGGAAUUUACGGAUGCUUGAGGGCCUUGAAUUCCAUAGGAUUUGAACUUCCUGAAUGGACGAAAGGAAUUUUUCCUGAUGGAAUCCUUUUGAAUGCAACUCUUCUUCAUUUUCGACUCUGCAGCUACACCAAGAGGCUAAAAACGUUGAAUGGAGGGAUCAUGCUGAAGAAUUUCGUGGAUACGAUGUCAUCGGUAAUCGAUGGCCAAUUACCGGAUCUGAAAUUAAAUAUCUUCUCGGCUCAUGAUUACAACAUCGCGUCACUUCUAGAUGUUUUCGAUAUCAUUGAAUCCCACGUUCCUCACUACUCCAGUGGCAUCUUCGUAGAGCUCCUAGAGGAUGAUUAUCAUAAGUAUUACGUUCGAGUAUUCUACUAUAAAGGAAUUCCAGCUGAGCGGGUGCCAGUCAAUAUUACUGGAUGUGGAGAGUCGUGUCCUUUUGAUAAAUUCGUUCAACGGUUCAGUGACAUUUUUCCCUCCGAGGAAGACCUCAAGUGUCCGAAGGACCAGAUUGUGAAAAUGUAUAAAUGAAAUGUUUAAUUAUAUCCUAAGUGGUUCAAUAAUUGAAGAAAAUAAUUCUCGAGAUUUGGCUUCGCAAUCUGUAAUUCUGUUCAGAUAAAGAUCAAUUUGCGUUUCCAUUCACUUUUGUCCUCGGUAUUCCGAGCUUUUUGUCGUAUUGAUGGAGAAAAUAUUUCACUUGUCAUCAA